AUGGCGGACUCUUCCGAAAUACAGUCAAAAAUUGAUGCAGAACUACAACAAAGCAAACGUGACCAACAAGAUUCGUCCUUUUUAGAAACUCUCGUGCCGAUUCCCGACUUCUUCUUCAACAUCAAAGCGGAGAUCGAACCCAUCGGCGGGUCGAAAUGGCGCAUUCGUAUAUUUGGAUACAUCUUGUAUUUUAUCACUCUGUGCGUGAUGUUUGGAUCUUUCGCGUACUACUCGCUUCCCGAGCAGCGCGUGAGCUUGGAAUCUAUUGUCACCUCGGAGUGGCAAAAGCCCGGCUUUGCGUGCAAGGCCCUCCAGAAGACCACUUUGCACGGUCUGAGCACGGACUGGAGUUUCGAUGAAUGCGUAAAGAACGUAAAUGUGCCCGAUGCGACGAACGUCAAGUCGGUGACCAAACACGCCAACUAUGUCCACUACGACUAUGACUUUGCGAGCGACGGCGACUCGAACAAAGGCGUGAUCAGCUUGUACGACGAUAGGUAUGCAUCCUCUGUUUUGCAGAAAACCAACCAGGCGGCUAAUGACUGGAAACGGGAUGGAUACUCGUGCUAUCCGGAACCGCCGUACGACAAUACUUAUAAUUUGAAUUACAACGUCAGCGAGUGUCCUGCUGCCGUGCUUCCGCCAUCUUUGGAUACGGUGUCACUCGAAUCGUUUUAUGACAUUAGCGCUUAUCCGAAUCCUGACAGGGCAAGGUAUAAUCCAUUUGGGACAGCAAAUGGAAUUGGUUACCCAACACAGGUCACGGAUGUCGUUUCGUCGACGAACACACGACUUGACGCUUCUGGUACAUUCCCGACCUGCGAUAUGUACAAGAAACUUUAUGGCGACUUUUAUUUCAAAUCUAUGGAAUUGACUGAGAUGUUCGUUUACAAAAUGGACUGCACGUCUAACGGCGUCGGGAGCUAUUCAUCCACGAUGAAGUCCAUCACAGUUUCCGAAGGGAUUGAAGCUUGGGAAAAACUCCUCAGCACUCCUGCAGACCAGUAUGGUAACUUCGGCGCAGAUGCAAUCUGCUCCAAAUUUAAACGCAACGGCAACGGCUUCCGCUGCUUCGACAAGCCCAAGCCCCCGACCACCAAGGAGCUCGCGAUUCAACGCUACGCCACGGAGUAUCCGCCUGAGACAAUCUGCGCGCCGCUCAAGCUGAACAGCCCUUUUCAGUGCGCCCGCAACGUGGAGGUGCCAGCGACGACGCGACUCAGCCUUUCGGUCGCGGCGGCGCAGGCCGUGUUUGCGCUCACAGGCAUCGCGCUGGUAGCGCUGCUGAGGAAACUCCAGAAGCCGUCAACGACGACCUCGGAGAGCUUGUCGACUGAUGGCGACCUGCGUUCCAUGAUGCGAAAGCUUCGAAAUGAGUUUCACUCGACGGUUGAUCAGCUUCGCAACGGCCAAGACCAGCUCCGCGUCGAGUUCCGCACCGGCCAAGACCAGCUCCGCGCCGGUCAAGGCACUCACGAGGAGCUCAUUCAAAAGCUCCUGAGCAAAGAAGGAGGUCGUUAG